AUGGGCAUCAAAUUUUUAGAAGUUAUCAAGCCUUUCUGUGCAGUUCUACCAGAAAUUCAGAAACCUGAAAGGAAAAUCCAGUUUAGAGAGAAGGUACUAUGGACUGCUAUAACUCUCUUCAUUUUCUUAGUAUGUUGUCAGAUACCACUGUUUGGAAUCAUGUCAUCAGAUUCUGCAGAUCCUUUCUACUGGAUGAGAGUUAUCCUUGCAUCCAACAGAGGAACUUUAAUGGAAUUGGGUAUCUCCCCAAUUGUAACAUCUGGUUUGAUCAUGCAGUUGUUAGCUGGAGCCAAAAUCAUUGAAGUUGGAGAUACACCCAAAGAUAGAGCCUUGUUCAAUGGAGCCCAGAAAUUGUUUGGCAUGAUCAUUACCAUUGGGCAAGCCAUCGUGUACGUCAUGACGGGCAUGUACGGGGACCCUGCUGAGAUGGGCGCUGGCAUCUGUCUCCUCAUCAUCAUCCAGUUGUUUGUUGCUGGUUUGAUUGUGCUGCUGUUAGAUGAGCUGCUACAGAAGGGUUACGGCUUGGGGUCUGGGAUUUCCCUCUUUAUUGCCACCAACAUCUGUGAAACCAUUGUCUGGAAGGCCUUUAGCCCCACUACCAUUAACACUGGCCGAGGUACGGAGUUUGAGGGCGCAGUCAUAGCUCUCUUUCAUUUACUGGCCACCAGGACAGACAAAGUCCGAGCUCUGAGGGAGGCUUUCUACCGUCAGAAUUUGCCCAAUCUCAUGAAUCUCAUUGCCACAGUUUUCGUGUUCGCUGUUGUUAUAUAUUUUCAGGGAUUCCGUGUGGACCUGCCCAUCAAGUCAGCCCGCUACCGUGGGCAGUACAGCAGCUACCCCAUCAAGCUCUUCUACACGUCCAACAUCCCCAUCAUCCUGCAGUCUGCCCUGGUGUCCAACCUGUAUGUGAUCUCCCAGAUGCUGUCCGUUCGGUUCAGCGGCAACUUCCUAGUGAAUUUACUAGGACAGUGGGCCGAUGUCAGUGGGGGCGGACCUGCUCGUUCUUACCCAGUGGGUGGCCUUUGUUACUACCUUUCUCCUCCUGAGUCCAUGGGCGCCAUAUUUGAGGAUCCUGUCCAUGUGGUUGUUUAUAUCAUCUUCAUGUUGGGAUCAUGUGCAUUCUUUUCUAAGACAUGGAUAGAGGUAUCUGGUUCCUCAGCCAAAGAUGUAGCUAAACAGCUUAAAGAACAACAAAUGGUAAUGAGGGGCCACAGAGAUACCUCCAUGGUUCAUGAGCUUAAUAGGUACAUCCCCACAGCAGCUGCGUUUGGGGGCUUAUGCAUCGGCGCCCUGUCGGUGUUGGCCGACUUCCUUGGGGCCAUUGGCUCUGGCACUGGAAUUCUGCUUGCAGUCACUAUUAUUUAUCAGUAUUUUGAAAUAUUUGUUAAGGAACAGGCUGAAGUUGGCGGGAUGGGUGCUUUGUUUUUCUAA